AUGGCUAAGGUUGUGUUUACCAAGCUCUGCUCUCAAUUUGAUAGUUGCUGCUUCUUGAAGAAUUUUACGGAAAAGUAUGAAAAGCAUGGGUUAGAAUAUGUACGUGAUGAACUUUUCCGAGAACUAUCAAAGGAUACAUCUCUUGGGAGGCUCGAUCGUAGAAGAGUUUUGAUUGUACUUGAUGAUGUUAGCAACACAAAGCAGUUAGAUGAGUUGAAAAGUGAAGCUCCUCCUUUGGGACCUGGUAGUAAAGUCAUCAUAACAAGUAGGGAUAAGCAUGUGCUUAAUGGAAGAGUUGAUAAAAUACAUGAGGCCAAAGCAUUGAGCUACAACAAUUCACUUGAGCUUUUCAACCUCAAAGCCUUCCACAAAGAUGGUUAUGAAAGUGAAUAUGAAGAACUAAUUAAAAGAGCACUUGCUUAUGCCAAAGGCAUCCCAUUGGCCUUAACCGUUUUGGGUUCGCUUCUACAGUCCAGACCUGUAGAUCAAUGGGAAAGUGCGUUGAGAAAAUUAGAGAGGUUGGCCAUUGAAGGCUUUGAUAAGUCUUCAUCAUGGCGUGGUAUGGAUGCAUGA